CUAGCUAUUUGGAAAGGGCGGAAUGGGUGACUGGCUGGCUAACGUUUAAGAUAACUAGCUAGCAAGCUAACGUUAUAUUGAUUGCAAACUCUCUCAGACUCUGGAACAGGGUCGAAACGGAAGUAACUUCGCAGCUGCGGCAAAUGCAAGCUAAGUCAAUUACGAACAGUGUGGAGCAUUUUAGGAUUAGCUAGCUAGGACAUCAUGAAUCUGUCAUAGACAACAACAAUAGUAUGUGUAAUUCGUAAAGCACUGAAUAGUUACCUUAAUGAUCCUACGGGGCAGUCCUGCCAUCUUGUUUUUAAUGAGGGGUUUAGCUGUGACUCUUCUCUUUCGUUUGCAUUGACAGCGAAAGGCGCGCACACACCUCUUCCGGUGUUCUGCUCAUUUUGCGUCAUGGGACCAUCCUGAAAGUGUAACAUAAAUAAAUGUAGCUAGUUUGGAAAAUGUACUUUUAUUAUGGUCAAUGGGUAUGAUACGUGACAGUGAUUGAUUGGACAUAUCCCCAUCUUAAAGUCAGUGAUGUUUGUGUAAACAUCUGUGAUUUAUUUCGUUUCAUGUUAGUCUUACUGUUGCUGUGAAAUAGACAUAGGUAGGCUUUGGAUCCAUCACACAGGCACACUGUCCCUUGAUCAAUUUCAAAAUGUUAAUAAUUUCUUGGUAAGGUGGCAAUCGAAAGGGCUAUAUGAUUUAAUUUUAAUUUUCAAAAUGUCUGGCCUACAUGGGUUUCACAAUUAUUUUGUACAUCUAUUUCUGAGAGGCCUAUGAUAUGACCAAUGCAUUGUGCAUGUGGUGCUCUAUAAUUUACAACCAAUCAAUCAAUCAAUCAAUCAAUCAAAUGUAUUUAUAAAGCCCUUUUUACAUCAGCCGAUGUCACAAAGUGCUAUACAGAAACCCAGCCUAAAACCCCAAACAGCAAGCAAUGCAGAUGUAGAAGGACUUGCUUUUGUUGCUUUUAAAGAUUAUAAACAGAACACAGUGAACUAGCUGUUCUGUUCCCUCAUGAGACUAAACAAACCUGUGUAUUUCCUCCCCUCAAUGGUAAACUACCGGACCAGAUCAGGAUGCAGGGAUCAGCAUUGUACAAUGGGACCCGUGGAGCUCCACCUCUUGGAGCUCCACGGGUCCCAUUGAAAAGGCUGACUAGAGAGAAGGCUGACUAGAGAGAAGGUGACCAGCUGACUACAGGCAUGCACACUCUGUACCAGCACAUGAGAACAGUUGAGGUGGCACCAUGUAGCAAUCCCUGGCGCAUGGCCUGUCUACUGGGCAUUUUCAACUUCCUGGGGUCGGUCACACCCCUCCAUGUGGCUCCCGUGAUGACUGGCCUCCGCUCCGCCUUUUCAGCCACGCGGACCAAUAGCAUCCUGGGAGGCACUCAGAAGGCUGUGACCUUCAACAAGCUCCUAGUCAAUACAGGGAGUGAUUUCAACCCAGACACAGGCCACUUCCGCUGCAGAAUCCCUGGAGCCUAUUACUUGUCCUUCACGUUGGGGAAAUAUCCCAAGAAGAUGUUGUCUGUCAUACUGGUGAAGAAUGGGCAGGAGGUGCAGGCUAUAGCCUAUGACGAUUACAAAAAGAAAGGGAGGAAGGUCCAGAGUCAAAGUGUCAUGAUCAGCCUGAGGGCCAUGGACACAGUGUGGCUGAUGCUGCAGGACAGUCCUCAGUAUGCUCUAUACAGCAACGCUGGACCUUACAUCACCUUCACCGGUUAUCUGGUGUACCCCGACAUCUCCGCCACUGGCUAUCUCAACAACCACCUAUCCUUGUCAGGGCAGCCCUACCCCAACUCCAACUGUCCCCCUCCUGGAGACCACAGAUACGGCUGGAGCGGUAAUGCUGAGGCCCCUGUGGAGCCUCGCUCUGCCUUCUCCGUGGCCAGGACAUCCCCGGUCCUGGGGGAGAAUGGUGGCGGGCACCAGGAGAAGGAGCCUCUGACCUUUGAUGUGGAGUACGUCAACAUUGGAGGGCACUUUAAUAAGACGUCGGGCCGCUUCACCUGCCGCUACCCUGGUGCUUACUACUUUGCCUUCACUGUGGGGAAGCACCCGCGCAGGGCAGUGUCCGUCAAGCUGAUGACAGGCCACGGCGAGGUGCAGGCCAUGGUGUUUGACGAGGAUAAGUCCAGGAGGAGGGAGAUGCAGAGCCAGAGUUUGCUGCUGUCGCUGCAUAGGGGGGACAACGUGUGGCUCUACAGCCAGCAGGACGAGCGCUACGCCGUCUACAGCAACCAGGGACGCUACACCACCUUCUCAGGCUUCCUGGUCUACCCAGACGUUGAGCCCACCACCACCACCAGCCAGGACCUGGACAGAACUCACUUCUGAGGGCUCGGAGUUCUUCAAAACACACUGGACCCUCCUUGAAAUGUACAUUGUGCUAUGGUUACAAAAUCUAAUUUGUGAAAGUGUGAAUGUAAGUGCUAAGUUACACUAUGCUUCAUAGGCUUUGUUUAGAACCGCUGUAGUCAGCUUCUGUUUCUCUUUAUUACCACAUUUUCUGUGGAUAAGUGGGUCAUUUUAUGUUUUGUUUUUGGCUGCGUUUAAACCAACGUUAUAGGUUAUAUGUUAGUAUAUGAUGCUGGAUCAUUAGGAUUCUUUGGAUACCUCAUGUUUUUUUUCUAUCAUUCACCAAAAACUAUGGGUUACAAUAAGUAGAGCUUUCCUAUGUAAUCUUUAUAUAUACAGACUUGCUUAGGGACAUAAUUAUUUAUCCUUACUGAGCAGAUGUUUUUGCAAAGACUCAGCAAAACUCAGAAAACCAUUUCAUCAUUUAACUUGUGUUAAAUGCAUUGAGUAGACUACUAUGUAAAUACUGCAUAGUUUGCCUGAAUGACUGUAUGGAGUUAGAUAACCUGAAUGUGAUGUAGUUAUGAAUGUUUGAUCUAUUCUGAAUGCAUAGUGAAAGAAUAUUCAUUAAAGGAGAA